AAUUGAGGCUCUGGCAGAAACAGGUCUAGACUACUGGUCAAACAAGAUUUCCAAUUGGCGAUCGUGUCCAGAAGACUUCAUUGAGCACAUCACUGCCAUAGAGAAACAUGACUGGCGCCAAUGUGGCAUUUUGGAGCUUCCCCCAGAACACCGAAUUGGCAGUCCUAUGCCACACGAGACGCCGACCGAUAUCUAUCUGGACCUGGCCGUGGAGCAAUUGGUCUUUACCGCGUUUAUGCAGCUUGCUCGAUACGCAGAGAUCCGUCGAUGCGUGCUGAAGCUCCGAGAGCUAGGCAAGCCAGAUACGGGCAUCAAGGCCAGACAACAAAUUUCGCAACCCGGUAAAAUCCGAAACACUUGGCACCAGCUCCGAACAGCUGCCUUCAUGAUCAAGCAAUGUACCGCCUCGCAAUUGCGUACCGCUUUUGCUGGUGGUCCAGGUCGCGGUAAAGUAAAGAAGAAUCUUUAUCCUAUCACCUUGCUUGACCCCGGCGUAUUUGACAAAUUGCCACCCGAUAUGAGAGCGUCGUUUGACCUGAUGAUGGGGGCCACUGGAGGAUGGGUUCAACCUUUUUUGUCUGGAUUUUCGAACUCCAAUAUCGAUCUACGUUACGAUUCUUGCCUCGCAGAAGAGGACGGCGAGGAUUGGUUCCAUCCUGCCCUCGCAAGAUACAGUCUAUACCCCUCUGAUUUCCGUUACGUGCCUGACACGAAGCAAAUUGAGCUUAACAAGCUUUACGGAGGUAUUCGAUGCCCCUCGGUGGAGUUUGUCCGCUAACCAUGGCCAGAACUCGAAGUUGAGCAAGCGAAAUUGGCCGACAUGGACCAAUUCGCAAUGCUGGACCCAUUUUUCCAGCGCCUCCUCAGCGAGCAGAACGCCUCAAACGAUCUCUAUAGCUCCGUUGCAUCCGUAUAUGCUCCUCAAGACGAGCACAGAGAGCUUCAGAGCAU